UCGGAGUUUCCGUUAAGAUUUUACGAAGAAAACAAGCAAGACGUUGUUUUCUUGUAAAAGUGCAAGUCAGACGUCAAGACGAUGCUGGUUAACUUAAAACCAUCGUGUCAUACAAUAAAUUAAUUGAUUUUUAUCAUUUCAUAAGACCAACGACAUAGAAAACAUACAUCAGAAAAAUCGACGUUUUCCGAGAAAAUUGUAAAAACAAAUAAGUUGUUAAAAGGUCCGAAACAGCCUAAAAUACGACGAAAGCUCACUUAUAUACGAAAAAUUCAUAUAAUGGUUAUAAACAGAAUUUCAUUCAGUUCAUACUUACUGAUGUUGACUCUAAAAUGCAGGAUAAAGUCUUCUGAGGAUUUCUCGAGAAAAACUCACUGCAGAUAUCUAAACAAAAACCAAAUUAUAUCUGACUGAAAACACUUUGUAUAAUCAUUUGAUGAUUACUGAGCAACCUAUUACGGAAAAAAUAAUAACAACACUGAUGAAAACAAUACUUAAUAAUGUAUAAUCAUUCUACUUAAAACUUGAUCAUGAGUUGGAAAUAUGUACCUAUUUGUGAAAUUAUCAACAUGUUCAGUAGUAGAAUUAACCAAUAUCUUUGUGGCAAUGAAAGAAUUAGAUAUGCUUGUUUCACUUGUAAUACACUGCAAAGACAUUUGACAUAUAAAUUGAAUAUACAAAAAAUAGCAUAAAUGAGGAAAGAAUUAAAAGUGUUAUACCUUUGUAAGAUUUGACAGACAUAAAACGCAUGACAACUACCACAACCACAUCCAUAUUCUUCGCGGUAUAAGUAAAUAUUUUUUUUUUUGCAUGAUCUUUCCAUAAAGUACACUUAAAUGUAACCUCACUGAUAUUAAUUAUAUAUAUAAGAUAUUAUACCGUUGAUUAUAUGAUAUAAAUAUGCAAAAUCUCUUACUUUUAUCGCGCAUAAUCAUUUGGAGAAUGGAAGAACUGUUUGAAUUUAUUUUAGAUUUCACUUCUUCAAUAUUGCCAACAUGAAUGAGUUGUACAAUGGCAUCUAUAAUUCGCGGUAUAAGUAAAUGUUUUUUUUGCAUGAUCUUUCCAUAAAGUACAUUUAAAUGUAACCUCACUGAUAUUAAUUAUAUAUAUAAGAUAUUAUACCGUUGAUUAUAUGAUAUAAAUAUGCAAAAUCCCUUACUUUUAUCGCACAUAAUCAUUUGGAGGGUGGAACAACUGUUUGAAUUUCUUUUAGAUUUCACUUCUUCAACAUUGCCCACAUGAAUGAUUUGUACAAUGGCAUCUAUAAUUAAAAACAAACAGAAGAUGACAAACAUAAGAGAUUAGUCAGAAUGUAACUGGAAAAUGCAUUUUAUUUUGUGCCACCGAAUAUAUAAGAGUAUUAUAUGAUAUAAAUAUUAAAAAUCACUUACUUUAAUCGCGCAUAAUCAUUUGGAGGGUGGAAGAACUGUUUGAAUUUCUUUUGGAUUUCACUUCUUCAACAUUGCCAACAUGAAUGAUUUGUACAAUGGUAUCUAUAAUUUAAAACAAACAGAAGAUGGCAAACAUAAGAGAUUAGUCAGAAUGUAACUAAUGGAAAAAUACAUUUUAUUUUGUGCUACCGAACAUAAGAGCAUUGUUACUUAUUAAUACGAUCAUUUCAUAUUUUCCUUCUAACACCUCACCAAAUCAGUGAAAUACUUAUAUGAGGUACAUCAUUAGGAAAAUCAAUCAACCCUUUUGUGCUAGUGGUCCUUAGAAUAGCCAAUCUGUAAAUAAAUGAACUAAUUCCAAACUCGUCACCGUAUUCUUUUAGACUGAAUGCGUUUAUUGAUAAAAUUUGACCUUUGUUUAGAAGAUGUUUAUGUACUAGUUCAUUCUCAAUUGAUGCGUUCAAUCUGGUACCCCGUGAUUUUGUUUUUUAACAUAUGGUUGAUAAUAUUCUCAAGUAUAUCGUAACUUUCAUGUUUAAAUGAUUUACAAUAAAUUGAGAUACUCUCUUUUACAAAGCCGAAUUCAUAUUAUAUACAUUGAGAUAUUCUCUUUUACAAAGCUGCAUUCGUAGUUUUAAUAUAUUGAAAGUUUUGUUUUUGAAAAUAAUAUCAAAACUGAAUAUCAAAUUAUACGUGCUUAUCAAACAACCAAAAACCAUAACGUUCCAAAUAUUUAAAUGACAUAAUUUAUCAUGUUUCAUUCGUAUUUCAUGAAACCUAAACCAUAUAACCUAAAUAUUUCUAAACCCUAAAUUUAUGGAAUACGAGUCCCUAAAUUCUAAACCCUAAACAAUAUAAAAUUUACAAUUUUGUAUAUAUAUAAACGAAUAUCGUAUGAGGACACGAAAUCAUAAAUUAAGAUUACCAAUACAAUUUUGUAUAUCUAAAACACACACACACACAUAUAUAUAUAACUUAAACCAACAAUGAAACUUAGAUUUAAAGUCAAACUUUCCAAUACUAUGAUUUGAAAAUUAUGAGCUGAAACUAGAGGAAAACAACCGAGCGAGUAUUGUUAGGAUAACCAUAUGAUAUAUUAAGACAAACGGAGAUUUAGGAAGCGGUAAUUAAAAACAGUUAAGGAAGCUAAUCCCACAUUAGCUAUGUCAACAAAUUUAGAGAGACUUAUUGAUGAGACACAUAUGGCUGAACAUCCUAUGUAAUCUUAGCUUAGUCACCAUUAAAAAUUAAACAACAAUCAAAUUAUAACAUUUUCACUUAAUCGUAUUCUCAAUUAAAAGUAUGAUUAAACCUAUUAAACAUUAUAUUAAACAAUACCAAAUGGAACACAAUAUCAAAUACUUUAAAUUAUUUAUAUUGUUAUCUGAAUAAGUAAAAUAACUUUAUAUUAGUUGAAAUUUAAUUAUUUAUUUCUCCUUUUCUAUAUUCUAGAAAAAAAUUUAAUAUCAGUUAAAGUGCAUGAAAUAUUAUUGUGAUAUCAAAUUUAAAUAUAAAUGUUAUACUAUCAAACAUACAUGCAAAAUAUUUUAAAUAAGAGUCAUGCAUGUAAAAAUUGUAGACAAAAUUAUAACAAUCAUAUAUCCAUAGUGAGCCUUUGCAAAAAGAAAAUACAAAUGAAUUAUUAUGCUUAUAAAUUGAUGGUUUAUGUCAAUCAAGUAAAUAAAUAUCAAAAAGGGUAUAAUAAGAAAAUUCGUUUUGGCUAAAAAGAUUAGUCACAAUAGUACUAGGAUUUUAUGUGUAUCCUACAACCUAUAUUAAAAGUUCCUUUUUAUAUUUAUAAAAAAUAUAAGUACAUUUAUGACCACAACUUAUAUACUUGAAAAUAAAUAAAGAGAUAGUGAAAUGGUAACUAAUUUAAAUUUUAUAGAUUUUUUUUUAAAAAAGGUUUAAAUGUGAUACAUCAUGUGUACAUAUAUUUUAACAGAUGUAAAUUUUAUGUAAAUUUAUUAUAUUUUCAGAAACUUUAAAUAUUGUAAAGUUAAUAAAUUAUAAUAUCUACAGCAGAUGAAGAAUCUAGUUUUCUAUAUAAUAUUUAAUUGGUUUUGCACAACCUCUCAAAAUUACAUUUCUGAAAAUGUCAUUUAAUUUAUUAGUAAGAUACAAAAAAUGGUAAAAAACAAAUGUCAUAUCACAAACAAAUCAUGGAUUUUUAACGAGGCAUAUAACUAAUGGCUGACAUAUAUCUUCUCUAACUUAUUUUAAAUUGUUCCUAACUAAAAAAAUGUAUAGAUAUCUUUUUAUUAAAAAAGAAAAUAAAUUGCAUAUGUGAUACUAUAAAUGGUAUUAUAUAUAAUUUCGCGUACUUCCUCCCAAAAAGAAUACAAUGGCUUCAAGAAACCGAAAUUUCAUUUCCAUGCUAAUAUCAUUUCUAAUCAUCUAUGGAACAGUGUCAUUUGCAUCUGCAGGACUGUUGCUCUUCUCCGCUAAACAUGUUAUAAUUAUCAAUGAACUUGCUACGCGUGCAACAUUAAUUGUGCACUGUAGGAACAAAGGUGAAGAUAAGGGAGUAUUUUCACUUGGACCUGGUGAUAGUUUCGAUUUUAGAUUCCGUGUUAACAUCCGCAAAACAACGGUAUACACUUGCAGUUUUGCUUGGCCUGACAAUACAGAGACAUUUGAUAUCUUUAGAGCUGAUCGAGACCAUAAUCCGAGAAGCAAAGUUGGGGUUUGCAGCGAAUGCAUUUGGAGCAUUUACGAGGCAACACCAUGUAGAGAUAGACGUGAUGGAGGGCAGCCUUACUGUUUUAAGUGGUCUUCUUAAAUUAUUUUAAAAUAUUUCUUGCAUGGUUUAAUUUUGUAUGUUCUUGGCGUUACGAUAAAAUUAAUUAUUUUCUAUAAGAUAAUUCUAGUAAUUUAAGAAAUAUUUCAUUUAAGAUAAUGUUAACUUACUUAUUGAUUUAUCCUUCUAUGUUAACAGAUGAAUAUAUAAUACUAGGAGAUAAUUCUAUAAUUUGUGUUAAUUAAAUUGUACAUAGUACAAUAUAAAAUGUUUUGUAUGUAAAUACAUAUAUUUAAAAUUUCAAUUUUUUUCUUUUUAUCUAUAGUUAAACUAAUUAAAUUUAUAGGUAUUUGUAAAUGGGUAUGAAUACAUAAUAUAAAUAUCUAAAUAGGUUCGUAGAAUAGAGAAAUUGAAGGAGAUAUAUGGGAGAAUGCACAACCAAAAGAUGGAACUAAAAUAUAUAAAUGAUAUUUUUCUUUUCUUAUAAUUAUUUUGUAUAUAAUAUUUGGUUUUUCACAUCCCUUGUCAAAAUAAACACCUAGCUAGUAAUGGAAAACAGUAAUAUCAUUUCAUUUAUUAAUAAUACUCCAUCCGUUUAAAAAUUAGGAUCAUUUUCCUGAAUGUGUUAUUUAAAUUUUCAAUAUAAAUUUUUUAAAAAGUUUCACUUUCAGUACUAUUGAUUAAUGUGUUAACAGGUUAGAUAAAAUUAUAAAUUAGAAAAUUUAUUAUAUUUUCAUAAUAAUUGUAUAAAAUAUUAAAAACAUCAAAAAUUAAUCGAAAGGAAUAAUAUUUUUUUCUCCACAAGACAUAUUAGAUCAUAAAUUAAACCACAAACCAAAUCACGAAUUCUCAAUGUAUUAACUAAAAUGAAAAAUUGAUAUUAUUUUAAUGAGGGAAGUAAUUAAUAUGUAAUUAAAUUCUACUCAUUUAUUUUAAAUAUGUUGCAAACGAUACAAAUGUAUAUGUUAUACUACAGCGGAUAUAAUUCUCAUGUCCUUUCUGGCUAAACAAUACUCCUUAUAACAAAAUAUCAUUUCAAUCUAUAUAUAUUAAAUACUACUUUACUCCCCAACAAAUAUU